GCGCCCGGGGCCACGAUGGAGCGCGACGGCUGUGCCGGGGGCGGGAGCCGCGGCGGCGAGGGCGGGCGCGGCUCCCGGGAGGGCCCUGCGGGGAAUGGCCGCGACUCGGGCCGCGGCCACGGCGCCGAGGCGCCCGGGGAGCCGCAGGCGGCCGCGUCCUUGCUGGCCCCCAUGGACCUGGGGGAGGAGCAGCUGGAGAAGGCGGCGCGCGCCCGCACGGCCAAGGACCCCAACACCUAUAAAGUGCUCUCGCUGGUAUUGUCAGUCUGUGUGUUAACAACAAUCCUUGGUUGUAUAUUUGGGUUGAAACCAAGCUGUGCCAAAGAAGUUAAAAGUUGCAAAGGUCGCUGCUUUGAGAGAACAUUUGGGAACUGUCGCUGUGAUGUUGCUUGCGUUGACCUUGGAAACUGCUGUCUAGAUUACCAGGAGACAUGUAUAGCACCAGAACGGAUAUGGACUUGCAGCAAAUUCAGGUGUGGUGAGAAAAGGUUGUCCCGAAGCCUCUGCUCCUGUUCAGAUGACUGCAGGGACAAGGGCGACUGUUGCAUCAACUAUAGCUCCGUAUGCCGAGGUGAGAAAAGUUGGGUAGAAGAAACGUGUGAGAGCAUUAGUGAGCCACAGUGUCCAACAGGGUUUGAAAAGCCUCCAGUCCUCUUAUUUUCUUUGGAUGGUUUCAGGGCAGAAUAUUUACACACUUGGGGUGGACUUCUUCCUGUUAUUAGCAAACUAAAAACCUGUGGAACAUACACUAAAAACAUGAGACCAGUCUAUCCAACAAAAACUUUCCCCAAUCACUACAGCAUUGUCACAGGGCUUUAUCCAGAAUCCCAUGGCAUAAUUGACAAUAAAAUGUAUGAUCCCAAAAUGAAUGCAAACUUUGCACUUAAAACUAAAGAGAAAUUUAACCCUGAGUGGUACAAAGGAGAACCAAUUUGGCUUACAGCUAAAUAUCAAGGCAUGAAGUCAGGCACAUUUUUUUGGCCAGGAUCAGAUGUGAAAAUUAAUGGAAUUCUCCCAGACUUGUAUAAAAUAUAUAAUGGUUCAGUGCCAUUUGAAGAGAGAAUUUUAGCUGUUCUUAAGUGGCUGCAGCUUCCUAAAGAUGAAAGACCACACUUUUACACUCUGUAUUUAGAAGAACCAGAUUCUUCGGGUCAUUCAUACGGACCAGUCAGCAGUGAAGUCAUCAGAGCUCUGCAGAGGGUUGAUGACAUGGUUGGCAUGCUGAUGGACGGUCUUAAGGAGCUAAACUUGCAUCGAUGCCUGAACCUCAUCCUUAUUUCAGAUCAUGGCAUGGAACAAGGCAGUUGUAAGAAAUAUGUGUAUCUGAAUAAAUACUUGGGAGAUAUUAAAAAUGUUAAAGUUGUCUAUGGACCUGCAGCUCGAUUGAGACCCUCUGAUGUUCCAGAUAAAUACUAUUCAUUUAAUUAUGAAGGCAUUGCCAAGAAUCUUUCUUGCCAGGAACCAAACCAGCACUUCAAACCUUACCUGAAGCAUUUCUUACCUAAGCGUUUGCACUUUGCCAAAAGUGACAGGAUUGAGCCCUUGACAUUCUAUUUGGACCCUCAGUGGCAACUUGCACUGAAUCCUUCAGAAAGGAAAUAUUGUGGAGGGGGAUUUCAUGGCUCUGACAAUGCAUUUUCAAAUAUGCAAGCCCUCUUUAUUGGCUAUGGACCUGGAUUCAAGCACAGCAUUGAAGUUGACCCCUUUGAAAAUAUUGAAGUCUAUAACUUAAUGUGUGAUUUACUGAAUUUGACACCAGCUCCUAAUAAUGGAACUCAUGGAAGUCUUAACCACCUUCUGAAGAAUCCUGUUUACACCCCAAAGCACCCCAAAGAAGUCCGCUCCCUGGUCCAGUGCCCCUUCACAAGAGCCCCCCAGGAGAACCUCGAUUGCUCCUGUGACCCUUCAAUUUUGCCAAUUGUGGAUUUUCAGACACAGUUGAAUCUGACCAUGGCAGAAGAGAAGGUCAUUAAGCGAGGCACUUUACCCUAUGGAAGACCCAGAGUUCUGCAGAAGAAUAGCACCGUCUGUCUGCUUUACCAACACCAGUUUGUGAGUGGUUACAGCCAUGACCUCUUGAUGCCCCUUUGGACAUCCUACACCGUGGACAGAAAUGACAGUUUCUCUGCAGAAGACUUUUCCAACUGUCUUUACCAGGAUCUCCGAAUUCCUCUUAGUCCCAUCCACAAAUGCUCAUUUUAUAAAAAUAAUGCUAAACUGAGUUAUGGGUUCCUCUCCCCACCACAAUUAAAUAAAGGUUCAAGUCAAGUAUAUUCUGAAGCAUUACUCACCACUAAUAUGGUACCCAUGUACCAGAGUUUUCAAGUUAUAUGGCACUACUUGCAUGGCACCCUCCUGCAGAGGUAUGCUGAAGAAAGAAAUGGCAUCAAUGUUGUCAGCGGUCCCGUGUUUGACUCUGAUUAUGAUGGACGUUAUGAUUCCUUGGAAACUCUGAAGCAAAACAGCAGAACCAUCCGUAAUCAAGAAAUCCUGAUUCCGACUCACUUCUUCAUUGUGCUAACAAGUUGUAAAAACACAUCCCAGAUUCCCUCACAGUGUGAAAAUCUAGAUACCUUGGCUUUCAUUUUGCCUCACAGGACAGAUAAUAGUGAGAGCUGUGCGCAUGGGAAGCAUGAAUCCUCAUGGGUUGAAGAGUUGUUGAGGCUACACAGAGCUCGGAUCACAGAUGUAGAACACAUCACUGGACUCAGCUUCUAUCAAGAAAGAAAAGAGCCAAUUUCAGACAUUUUAAAGUUGAAAACACAGUUGCCACCCUUUAACCAAGAAGACUGAUAUUUUUUUAUUUGAAAAACACACCGUAAAUCUUUUUGAAAGAACCUUCUGUUUUAUACAUCCUCUGUUCAUGCUGUUGCAUUGUUUGGAGACUGCCGACCAGAGUUAGAACUGGGAAUCCUCUGUGAUACACGACCAUCUCAGGGAAACUUGUGGCCUCAGCAAAGCAGUAGGAAAGUGUUCCUAUUGAGUCUUGCACAUGUUUGAAUGUGUAAGAAUUGUUCAAAUUUGGGAAUAAAGACAGACCAUACCUAAAACUGCUCUUCUACUUCUCUUAAGGGCAGAAGUGAAUGUUGUCUGGUCACCAGAUGUUCAAGUCUUAUUAUCAUUAAUAAAUUUCUCUGAUGCUGGCAAACCCUUGACUAAUGAAUAGGGCUGGAAAAGUCCAUGUUUCAUUAGUUUAUUCAUAAGCAUUUAGUAGUGAUUCUGGAUUUUCUAACUUGGAGUUUCAUUUAUUUUAAUUUUGUUCAGAAAAGCUAAUGGAAGCAAAAAUAUUUCUGAGUCCCUAUUUCUAUCUUUCUGUACACCCCCUCAAAGACCAAAACAUUUAAUCCUGUGUUAUUUUUUAAUUGUGACUUGGCUUCUUUAGAUUUAGUGGUCCUUUCAAGUUAAACUUUGAGGAAAGAUCUAUAUUGAGUGUAUCUACCUUUUAUAAAAUUUUAUUCUACAUUUGUACCAAAAAACGAAAUGCACUACUGUCCUUCCCACUGGUAAUUAACAUAGGUUGAAAAUAACUCCCAAAGUGGUUAUUUUAGACUGUUAAAAGUGUGUCUCAUCUUUGUGAAACUUUAGAGAGCUUGUCAACUCACGCAAGGUGGCAUUUUUCUUCCAGAUAGCAGGAAUGUUUUCCUUUAUGCACAAAAACGAUCCAACCAGCAGCAGAGCUAUACUGUUCUGAGCUUUUAAUUUUGAAGUUCCAUUGAUUUGAAUAUAGUAUGUUACCAUCACGUUAUAUCUUCUCAGUAGUCAUGAUAAAUGAAUUUGAUUUCUCUACUUCAUAUACCAUACCCUUUAGUACCAACCUGUGGACUUUCAAAAGCUAUGCUCAUUUUUGGCUACUUGGGUCUGAUUUAAGUAUUAUAUUAAUACACCAAAGAUCUAUUUUUGUCCUUCAAUAACAUAGGUACCACAAAGACUUUUAGAUAAUACAAUUUGCAUCUGAAAAGUUUUUAAUGAUUUAGAAAAUUUUAAAGUAUUUUUUUCCCCUCUGUUGUUCAGAUUGGUUAAUUUCUGUUGUUCUCUCUUCAAGUUCAUGGAUUCUUUCCUCUGCCUAAUCCAUUCUGAUGUUGAGGCUAUCCAUUGAUUUUUAUAUUUCAGUUAUUAUAUUUUUUAUUUCUAAAAAUUCCAUUUGGUUCUUUUUUAUAACUUUGAUUUCUUUGCUGAGAAUUUUUAUCUCUUGCUGCGAAUUUCUAUGUUUCAAACAUACUCAUAAAUGCUUCAAUGUUUCAAACAUACUCAUAAAUGCUUAUUGAAGCAUUUUUAUGAUGAUUGUCAUAAAAUCUUUGUCAGAUAAUUCUGACAUGUGUCUUUGCAUUGACACCUAUUGUCUUUUUUCAUUUAAGAAGAUUUUUCUGGAUCUUCAUGUAAUGAAUGAUUUUCCACUGAAAUCUGGAUAUUUUAGGGAUUAUGUAUGAGACUGUAGAUCUUAUUUAAACCUUCCGUUUUAGAUGACUUUCUCUUGUCAUCACCCUGGCAGAGGAAUCGGGGGCACUGUCUCAUUAUUGCCAGCUGUGAAAGCGUCCAGUUUCCUUACUCAGCCUCCAUUGGCACUUGGGGUGAGAUGAGACCCUUUUUACUGGGCAGAGGGAAUUUAGUUUCCUACUGGAAGGCAUCCCAGACGCCUUCCUGUCUGGGAUGUGCAGGGCACCUUGUUACUGAUGCUGUGGACAGGAGUGGCAGGGAAGGCUUUAUUAUCAACAGGUGAGGAUAAAAUGAUCAGCUUUCUACUCAGCCUUCUCUGACGUCAUCCUGGCAUAGGACUUGGGGCACCUCUUCACAGCCUGGCAAGCCUCUGUCUUUGCUGCAUGGUUGGAGUCAUGGUCUUUUCUGUGGUGUUUGGCUGGAGUGGAAUGGUUAUUUUUUUCUCUCUUGCUAAGCUACUCCUUUUCUGGCCUUUUGGCUGGAGAGAUAGCAGGCCUUUCUUGGGGCCUCUUUUCAUUUAUACUCAUUGGCAUUUCCAGGUUGCUGACUUCCUCUGUUAGCAAGUCUGAGAUCUAUGAACUAAAAAAAAAAAAAAAAAAAA